AAAAGCAUAAACAAAAAUAUACAAAAACUUGCCGCAGCUCGCAUCUAAUCGCAUUAGCCGAUUUCGGGAAUACAAAUUAUAAAAAAAACAUUUCAAAACGGUUGAUCCAUAAUAACUUCCCAUGUAGAACGGCAAGCUUGAGAUGCACGGCUUAUGCUGUCUAUAGCGCCUGGAUGCGUUGAGGGCAGCUACGUUUUGGGAAUAAAAUGAAGGUUUCUGAUUUCAAGAGGCCCGUUUAUCAAAGUCACGUCAUCCCGUGCAAAGGAUGAGGCGUUUAAAAGUUAAUAACACAUCAUUAGCAUCAGCAUCAGUCGCGGCCCACCAGCUCCCACGGACUACCCAGUUACAGAAUAGCCCGGGCAUAAACCAGAGCCCGAGCCUGAGACUUGUUCGGCUGCUCGCCGUUGUCACAGUGAUUGGAUUUCAGUUUCGUUGUGUCCUGUGCACAGCAGCAACCAGUGCAUCGAUAUCAACGACCCUGAGCACACAGAGCAACAGCACAGAAAAUAAUUUCUAUUUUGAUGAGCAUAAUACCACUACCAAAUUGCUAUCAGUCCUUGCUGCGGACUCGACAGCCGCAAUUCCCGACGUCUCACCGAUGCCAGCCGAGGCGAUACCGACCCUACCAACAGCCAGAGCACAAGUUGGACUUACUACGCUCACAACUGUCCGGCUGACGGGAAGCGAGACCUCAAUGAGAACUGCGGUUGACAGCGGUGGGAUCGGGAAUGGCACAACGGUUAAGAACUAUAAUGCUGUAGAUCUCGGGUCCACGGGCCUGGCGACGGCAGCGGCAGCCACGACCAAGAGCAUCAGAAGCACCAUUAAGCAACCCAACCUGGAUGUCACACGCUCCAGGAACCAUUGGACUGUUGGCGGCUCCGCUGAUGCGGAACGAUCGCGCACAUUUCGCAGCAAGUAUCAUCAUGAGAACCACUAUGGUCCAUUCUUCGAGGAGCCAUCGAACCUAGUUGAUCCGGGCAAGACUCUCGUCUCGGCAGUACAUCUAUUUACGGAAGCUGUGCUCAACUGUCGCGUCGGCAUGCUCAAGGAUAAGACGGUAAUGUGGGUGAGGCGAACAACCGAGAAGGUGUCACUGCUUACCGUUGGAAAUGUCACAUAUAGCGGGGAUCCACGCAUACGAGUCAAGUUUCAGUAUCCGAACAACUGGCGUCUGAUGAUUAACCCAACGCAAAGGGAAGAUGCUGGCAUCUAUAUGUGCCAGGUUUCAACGCAUCCUCCGCGUGUCUUCACCACAAACCUGACCAUAUUGGAGCCGCCGUUAAGGAUAAUCGAUGAGCAUGAACGGGAUGUGGGCGACAGAUAUUACAAGUCUGGCAGCACUGUGGAUCUGCAGUGUCAAAUAUCGCGGAAUUUCUUCCAAAAGGAGCGCCACAACAUACUCAAAUCGACGGAAUCGGGCGGCUCAGCCAACAAACUAAAUGAGACGGGCAGCGAACUAAAUCUGAUCGGCGAUGCGAAUCAAACAUAUAGCACAUUCUCGAGCCAGGAGUUGGAGAAAUACUUUACUAACUUCAUAACAUGGGCCAAGGACGAGGAACCGCUGCCAGCACUGACCAAUAGACGUUCCAGCGUAUCCGAUAAAUGGCUCAAUAGUCGAAUUUCCAUACCAGACGCCAAACUCUCCGAUAGUGGCAAUUAUUCCUGUUCACUUGGUAGACUAUUUACUGUAAUUGUACAAGUUCAAGUACUAACGGGAGAAUUACCCGCCGCAGUCCAACACAAUUUGGCACACAGAUCCGACAGCUGCAUCUCACUCUCGUGGAGUCUCUUCAGCAUUGUUAUUUGUUUUUAUGUCCUCAAGGGCCAUUCAUUGCACUUUCAUAAUACCGAAUCGAUGAAUGCCUGAUGAGAUGGAAUUUGUGCUCAGCAUCGGUUCAUUUACUAUAUAGUCCUAACAUACAGAUACGACUUAAAUACCAGAAAUACUAAAAUAGAGCAUUUCCAAUUAUUUCCAUAUGUGUAUGUGUAUGCUUCACGCUGUGUAACUGCUAAACUGACCGAUUUGUCCAACAAAUAUUCGUAUACUACAUACAAAUUAACAUUCAUAACAUACAUAUAUAUAUAUAGAGAGAGAGAGAGCGGGAGAGAGAGAGCGAGAGAGGGAGAGGGAGAGAAUUUUCUAUAUCAAUUUACACGACUUUCAUUGAUAUUCUUCUUAAUAAAAUAAAGUCGACAACUUGUUUAAUUAUAUUCGGAAUAUCGGUUUAAGUAAUCCCCCCAGGAACUAGCCCAGUAUUAAUAUAUACAUACAUAUGUUUUAUGAUAAACUGAGAAAUUUGUAAACAACAAAAAACAUUUGUGAAAAAUCAAAUAAAAUUUGUUAAUCUGUUUCGUUUUGAGUGUAAGUAAGUAAGUUCAACUUUCACUUACAUGAGUUUUUGACAUUUAAUUGUGUAUUUUGGCAAUUAGUAUGUUUGUAAAUAUUGUAAAAUGGCAGACGUUAGGAUUUUUACCUUAUCUGAAAUGUAAACAUCCUCCAAACAUAUAACC